CGAACAAAAGAGCUAAAACGUUAAUGUAUAUGUCAAAUGAUACGUACAAAGAUAGGUAAAGCAGAUCGAAAAUUUUAAAUUAGUUGAUUGUUACCUUAUUAGACUAUACUUAAUGAUUAAAUUAUAAGUAAGCGUACAAUGAUUUAAGAUAACUUGGAUUAACAUGUUACGCCAUCUGCAUUUCCUAUGUUUUUUGUCAAUGUGGGGAUACAGUCUGUGCUGCCCUUCCUUGUGUACUUGUUAUUCAGAUGGAAGAGUCUACUGUAAUAAUCCACAACAAACGUUUGAUUCAAUACCUACAGAUUUACCUUCAAAUACUAAAUUCCUGUACUUUCAAAACCAGCUUUUACGAAAUCUCAGCUCUUUGAAUUGUAAUAAGUUACCGAACCUUCAACAGUUGCAUGUUGACAACAAUAGAAUAGAAGUGAUGGAGAACAACGACUUUCUUGCAUGUUCUUCGCUACAAUACUUGAUGAUUUACAAAAACUUCUUGACAGUGAUUAGAAAUGGAACCUUUAAUGGUCUAACAUCGCUUCAAACACUGAAUAUUAACAACAAUUUGCUGACAAAGAUCAAGAAUGGAACCUUUAAUGGUCUAACAUCGCUUCAAACACUAUACCUAUCUUACAACAAAAUCUCGGAGCUUGAAACUGGAGUAUUUUUCAAUCUUCCAGCACUUCGCUACCUGCAUAUCCAAAACAAUUUGCUGAGAGAGAUUAAGGAUAGAACCUUUACUUGCCUGACAUCGCUUCUAUCACUAUACAUAUCUUACAACAAAAUAUCAGAGCUUGAAACUGGAACAUUUAUCAAUCUUGCAGGACUUCGUUACCUAGUUUUGGAACACAAUAUAUUGACAGAUAUAAGAAAUGGAACGUUGGUAGGAUUGACUGGAAACCUUCAUACUUUAUCACUAAGAUACAACGAACUGUCACACAUAGAAGAUGGGGCGUUUCUUAAACUUUCAGGACUUCGUUCCUUAUAUUUAGAACACAAUUCAUUGACAGAGAUAACCAAUAACAUAUUGGCAGGAUUGACAGGAAAUCUUUAUUAUUUGUACUUAAGUAAUAAUUUAUUGACAUACAUAGCAAAUGGGACGCUUGAUCAUCUAACUGGACUUCAAUAUUUGUAUUUAGAUGAAAACAUGAUCUCUGGUGCGUUGUUUAUUGAAUAUCUACCAACGACAUUGUACACAUUAUCGUUGAAAAACAAUUCUGUCGACGACAUAGCGAAUGGAACAUUCUAUGGAUUAAUUCAGUUACAGAACCUGUAUUUAGAUGGUAACCAGAUUUCUGACUUGUCAUUCGUCGUAUCUUUAUCUUAUUCAUUAUAUACAUUGUCCUUGAAAAACAAUUCACUGGGUGACUUACUAAGUAACCAAUUCGAUGGAUUAACCGGACUACGUCACUUGAAUUUGGAUGGUAAUAAGAUUAAUGAUCUGUCAUUUACUGAGUCUCUGUCGUCGGACUUGAAUUCUCUAUCACUGAAUAACAAUUGUAUAUCAUUCAUACAGAAUGGAACUUUUGCUGCAUUAACUGCACUUCAAGGUCUAUAUUUAGAUGGUAACUCAAUAUCUGACAUAAUGUUUGUGAGGACUCUUCCGUACACAAUAAAUUGGUUAUCACUAAACCAUAAUGCCUUAACAGAAUUGGAAAAUGGAAUAUUAGACAGAUUAACAAAUCUCUAUUCACUAUCAUUAAUUAGUAAUGGAUUGACAGAAUUGGGAAAUGGAAUAUUAGACAGAUUAACAAAUCUUCGUUCGCUACAUCUUCAAAAUAAUAAGAUUUCGAAUGUCGGAAACGAAGUCUUUAGAAAUAAUAUAUAUCUAUAUAAAAUUGACGUAAGCAGUAAUAGAAUAUCACAUAUUCCGUGGGAUGCUUUUAGCAGUUACAUGAACUUGAACAGUUUAAACAUGAAUAAUAAUCCAGUUUCGUGUGGGCUGACAACAGCUGAGAUUUUUCUUAACUUCACAUGGACCGAGUGGUUGAGCAUACACAAUGAUAUCAAAACCCCACAAGCUUGUAUACAUACACCUAUCAAUUCUGAAUACUACUGGAACAACAUAAAUCAAAUCACCAUCCUGUAUUUCACCUGUUGCAAUGGUAAGAGAAAUUAUAAUUUCAUAAAUUAAGCAGACGUUAAUACCUAUUAAUUUCCAAAUACUGUGAACCUUUAGAAUUAUUUGAAAUCAAUCCACAUUUAUUUAAACGAAAUAAUGUUUCUUAUUGUAUACAAUUAAAAUAUAAAUGAUAUAUGGUGAUGUUUCAUGUAUUAUAAAUUGUACUAAAUGAAAAUAACACAUUGUUAAUUAACUAAUAUUUGGUUGUUAUAUUGUUAUUGUAGUGUUAUAAUUUUUCACUUGCAUAAAUAUAGAUGCAUAUACAUGUACAAUGCAUAUUUACCCUCCUUUAUAAUGCAAAGGAUACUGUUUCUUUAAUAUUUUUUUGUUGCAAAGCGCAGUCAAUUAAAAUAGAUUUCAUUUAAAAAAAAAGUGAAAUGAGUUUUUAUUUUUGGCUAAUAUGAUAAGGACAUUAAGUCAUGUGCCCGUUUUCAAAAAGGCACACACUUAUGCAUAAAACUUGUCUUUAUUGCCAUUUUGGAAUAUAUGUAUCCUCUUCAAAGCAAAAGGAAGGAAAACUAACAUAUCAAUUUAUCAUAAUAGUAUGCAUCAAUGUUGUUAUUUGUUUUUGACAUUGUGUUUCUUUUUUAAUUAAACGUAACUCGUUUCGAUUGGAAAGUAGUUUUCUAAUUUUCUUACAAUUAGUUAAAUAUGAGGUUAUUUUACUGGAUAAUAUUGAUUCAAAAUAAAGUUUAUAAUUGAAAAAUUUAUGUAUUUCUCAGUUUAAACAGUUGAAUUAAUUUGCUUAUAAUUUUACAUGAUUAGUGAAUAAAUAUCAAAUGGAUUACCAGAGAACUAUUUGAGUCAUUUCUUAUGUGUAUAACACUGACACAACAAUUUUACCUUUUAUCAUUUCAGUUACACCGAUGUGAUUCCGUUGAAACAUGUAAUGUGUUUAUCGAUCAACAUUUUUUCCACUUAAAUAAAAAUUUCCAUUUUAUAUCUUUUUUACUAUGAUUUAUUUAUCAUUGAACUCUUUAUAUAUCAGAAUGUUCGUAAAUGUUUUCUUUGAGAAAUUUCAAUGUUCAUUUUUACUAUAUAUUCUUUAAACUUUUUUCUGUUUUCAGUGCUGACCUUUAAAUAACAAAAGCAACAUUCUGGAUUUUUUUUUAAUUAAUUUCUUUACUAUUCAACAGUUAAACGUUUAUUUAAGACUAGUGCAGUUUUACCAAGACUGUUAUGACUAAAUAUCAUUUUAGGUAGACCACAAUCAGAUGCGUCAAGAUGAACUAACUUUGAAUAAGAAUAUGGUUGUUAGCUUAUAAUGAAAGAGCAGUACAAAUGAUCGAAAAAAUAAAGCUUCCAAAUCGAUCAUGAGGACGAAGACGUAGACUUUUAUGUAAAAUUUGUUCAAAGAUAUAUAAACAUGAGUCGUCAAUAUAUAGCACACAAAAACCCCAUGUAGGAGAGGACAUGCUUGUCAACAUUGCGAUACGACUUUAAAAAAUAGGGCUCGAGUAUCUAUGGACAGGCAACAGACAAAGGACCUACACGGCAAAGACAGACCAUCAAGGUGCUAGUGUGGCGCUUGUUACAUAUUAAAAUUACAUAAGAUAACCAUGUACGAUUUAAUAAUAGAGAAAAAAAGCGACAUAAUGUGAAAAGAUUUUAAAAGACAGAAAUGAAUGCCACAAAGAGUCCCAUACCUAAACCAAGAAUAUCCGAUGUGCAAGCAUUCAGGGAUGUUAAACAAUAUAUUAAAUGAUGUUAAGUUACUAGUAAACUAAAAGGACAAGACAAUACGAAGAUGACGUCUGCAAAUAGAAAUGUUUAUGCAAAAGAUAUUUACAGAAACAUUAACUUGUAAACAUCAAAAUCCAAGCAGUAUAGAUGUUUUGUGGAAAAAAUUACUUGUAUUCUAGCUCACUUAAGAGAGAAGAACGAAUCAGAUCUAUUCUAAGCAGCCAUCUUAAGCAAAUACAUGUAUAUGUAUAACGUGCAUUAAUAAGAGUAGAAUAGUCUUCUAGCAGUACAUUUAUAUUUACGCUUAUCAUUAGUGUAAUUGAGAGUCAUUAUGUCGUUGCAAGUGAAUAUGUUUCGUUGAAAAGCCGGUUAACAAUCAUUAGUUUUCUAGUACUAGUAUAUAAUUGUAUUUCUCUUAUUUUUAUGUUUAUCGUUUUGUCCCACAAGUCUUCAAAAAUAAUGUGGGCUAUCCCUUUUGCCCGUCGUCGUCAUCUUGGCCAGUAAACAUUUUACUCUUUCAGAAAAUUUUCAAAAACCUAUUUCCAAUUUGAAACAAAUUUGUUAUGAAUGAUGUAUCAAAAGUCGUUUUCGGUUGUACGAAAAACUUGACUGAUGAAAAUCUCUCAAUUGGAUUUGCUUAUUUUCGAAGGUCUUCUUCACUAAAAGUAGAAUUUCAUUUGUUUUGAAACAUAGCGAACUAACUGAUGAUUUUGUGUUCCACUUCCAACAUUCCUCAUUUUAUGUUGUUUGGAUUGUAUUGGUGACAUAUAGUUCCCAUUGAAAUCGUAUGAAAAAUCAGUGUUUCAAAAAAAAUAUUCUAAAAAACUAGACCAAUGUCAAAUAAACUUGACAGGAAGGAUAAAAAAGACUACCGAGUGUUGUCAUUUGAUUCAGAUAGCACGAAAAGUAUGACUAUCAGAGGCAAUAAUUGAUUAUGAUUGCCUAAUUUUGAACAACCUUUUCCUUUGUUACUACAUACAAUGGUGGUUUGAAACGCUGAAAGAUUGUUGAGGCCCUCCAUAAAUAAUCCACGUCCAAUUCUAAUAAGAUUUAUCAGUACUGAUCUACUGAGUGUUGUCUAAAAGGAACCUCAUGUGGUUCGGAUAAAGAGAAAAAUAUAGCCGCCAAAUAAAUAUACCAUAAAUGCACUUUUUAACACAGUUGAAGGAUUCUGUCUCCUUAGGGCCUCCAGUUGUUGUAUUUAUUGAUUAUGUAAUUGUGUAGUCAAAUAUUCAAGACCUAUAACUUUAUAUGAUACACAUGUAUGCAGGUAGGAUUCAGAUGUGAUGUUUGUUGUUUUGAUUUUAUUCAUACAGUAUUUUUUUUCUUUAUCGGUAUUCAUUUAGAGGAAAAGUCAUUUGGUUUUUACAUCUUGUUAUUUAUUAUUUUAAAAAAUGCUCCGGUUGAGUUGUAAUAAAUAAAUAUCUUAAAACAAU